AUGAAGCUGGUGUUGUUUGCCGCCCUGGCUGCCGCGUGCGCCGCCGCGCCGUCCCGCUCCUACGCCGCCCCCGAGCAGCGCUCCAUCCAGCCGGCCACAGUCCGCAUCCUGGAGGAGUCCAGCGAGCGCAUCGGACAGGACGGCUUCGCCUUCCGCUUCUUCUCCGAGGACAACAUCCUGCGGCAGGAGGAGAGCAGGGACGGCACCGUGUUCGGCAGCUACAGCUACACGUCGCCGGAGGGCGUCGAGGUCAGCGUGCGCUACGUGGCCGACGCGCUGGGCUUCCGCGCCGAGAGCGACGCGCUGCCGACGCCGGUGCCGACCGAGUACCCGACGCCAGAGGUGCCCGUCACCGAGACUGAGGUCAGGACCGUAGAGGUCUACUCUGCCCCCGAGACUGAGGUCAGGACCGUGGAGGUCUACACUGCCCCCGAGACUGAGGUCAGGGCUGAAGGGGUCUACACUGCCCCCGAGGCUGAGGUCAGGGCUGUCCAGAGCUACACUGCCCCCGAGCCUGAGGUCAGGGCCGAGGAGGUUGAGGUGUUGUUUGCCGCCCUGGCUGCCGCGUGCGCCGCCGCGCCGUCCCGCUCCUACGCCGCCCCCGAGCAGCGCUCCCUCCGGCCGGCCACAGUCCGCAUCCUGGAGGAGUCCAGCGAGCGCAUCGGACAGGACGGCUUCGCCUUCCGCUUCCUCUCCGAGGACAACAUCCUGCGGCAGGAGGAGAGCAGGGACGGCACCGUGUUCGGCAGCUACAGCUACACGUCGCCGGAGGGCGUCAAGGUCAGCGUGCGCUACGUGGCCGACGCGCUGGGCUUCCGCGCCGAGAGCGACGCGCUGCCGACGCCGGUGCCGACCGAGUACCCGACGCCAGAGGUGCCCGUCACCGAGGCUGAGGUCAGGACCGAGGAUGUCUACACUGCCCCCGAUACAGAGGUCAGGGCUGAGGUCAGGGCUGACGGAAGCUAUUCUGCCCCCGAAAAGGAUGUCGAGGCCGUACGGCGCUUUACUGCUCAAGAGUUUGAUGUCAGGACCGAGCAGAGCUACACUGCUUCCGAGGCUGAGGUCAGGGCCGAAGAAGCUGAGGUCAGGACUGAACAGAGCUACACCACUGUCUCCGAGACUGAGCUCAGGGUUCCGCCGGUCCGGUACGAGCGUGUCAUCGUGGGCUACAGGCCUCGCUACCAGGGACAGAUCUGUGCAAAUGAUAUUUCAUCUCAAUCAUGGUCCUAA